AUGGCUCUUGAACUUCCCCCUCUACGCAGUCACAUUGCUCUGCACCUGGAGCGGCCACGCAGAUGCAGCAGCAUUCAUGUUGCUGGAUCCGGCUGGACAAGAGCUGGAACUGCAAUGGUAGUUGGUCUGGUAUGCGGAAGCUUCGGCAGCCGACUCAGAGCGAGCUGCCGGUUUGCCAGACCCAAGAGGAAACCGGGUAAGAGACAGCAAGAAGAAGAGGAGAUGACCCUUGAUGAUUUGAUCAUGCCUGCAGAGGGCAUGACAGUUGGCGAGCUUGCAGAGAAGAUCAGGAAGCCGGUGGCUGGAAUCAUUACCUACUUUUUCGCAGAAAGAGGGAAGCCGCUCAAGAUCAACGAUUUCCUGGAGAAGGAGCUGAUUGCCGAGGUUUGUGAGAAAUAUGAAUUGGAGUGUAUCUUUGAUGAUGAGAAGACAACUACUGCUGGGGACAGAGGUUUCCUAGCGGAGCAGGAGGGAGACUUGAAAGCUCGUCCUCCAGUGGUCACAGUUAUGGGGCACGUUGAUCAUGGGAAAACGACUCUGUUGGACACUUUGCGAAAGCGAAGCGUAGCUGCGACAGAGGCCGGCGGUAUUACGCAAAGAAUAGGUGCUUACACAGUCGAGCUUGAUGACCAGCAAAUUACGUUUAUUGAUACUCCUGGUCAUGAAGCCUUUACAGCGAUGAGAGCAAGAGGGGCGCAAGUCACAGACAUUGCGGUGUUGGUCGUUGCUGCAGAUGAUGGCGUAAUGCCCCAAACUAAAGAAGCGAUUGCACAUGCCAAAGCAGCAGAAGUGCCCAUCAUAGUAGCUAUCAACAAGAUCGACAAGCCCGAUGCUGAUCCUCAAAAGACGAGGAGCAACUUAUCCGAGGAAGGUCUUCUGGCAGAAGAUUGGGGUGGAGAUGUUCCGAUGGUUGAAGUGAGUGCCAAGCAAAACAUCAAUCUGGAUGAUCUGCUGGAGAUUUUGAAUCUCACUGCUGAGGUUUCAGAAUUCAAGGCGGUGAAGGAUGGCCCUGGCGCAGGGGUUGUAUUGGAGUCAACCUUCGAUGCUUCUAGAGGCUGCCUAGCCACCUUGUUGGUGCAGCGUGGGACGCUGCACAAGUGCGACUACGCGGUUUCCGGCACGAAGCUCUGCAAGGUUCGGCUGAUGCAGAACGAGGCUGGCAAGGAGGUGUUGGACGCGGGGCCAUCCAUCGCAGUGCAGGUGACGGGGUUCCAGGACUCCCCUCGCGCAGGAGACCAGUUUGAAGUGUAUCCUACCGCCCAAGAAGCUCGAGCGGUGGCAGAGAGACGUGCCAAAGAGACUGCACGAGGAAAAGUCGGCUUUGCGGGCUUACACACAGACAGCGAACAAACAAUGCGCUUGGCACUGAUCCUCAAGACUGAUGCUCAAGGAAGCAUUGCUGCAGUCCAACACAUGUUCUCGGACGUGAAGGAUUCGAAGUAUGUGAACUUGAGGUGGGUUCUGACGGCACCCGGGCCAAUCACAGACUCUGACGUGGAGCUUGCAGCCACAUGCCCAGAAGGUCAGCGUGUGAUGAUCCUGGGCUUCAACACCCAAGUGUCUCCUUCCGCUGAGAGAAAGGCGAGGGAGUGCAGCAUCAAGAUCCAGAACUUCAAGGUGAUCUAUGAGCUCUACGAUGCCGUCGUUGCGGCUUUGGAGAGCGACUUAGAGCAGGAAGAAAAGCUGGUCGAAAAGGGCAUGGCAAAAGUCAAGGCUGUAUUUGACGGUCGAGAUGGCAAAGUUGCAGGCUCGGAGAUCGUGGAAGGCCAGUUUGCAGUAGGCAACAGGGUGCAUGCGUACCGGAAAGGACGCAAGAUUGGGGAAGGGAAGGUUCAAUCUAUUCGCCGCUUCAAAGAGCAAGUUCAAGAGAUCGAUGAGGGCAAUGAGUGUGGACUCAGCGUUGAGGGCUUUGAUGACUGGGAGGCUGACGAUGAAGUGCGAGCCUUUGAAGUGAAACUCGUAUCGCCUGAGUUGGUAUCAAAAACAAAAUAG